GAAACUCGAGGUCGUAUGCGUAGCGGUAAGCCAGCGAGCACAGCCAGUCAGUCGCGCUCCAGCCGUCGCGGUGGAAGGUGUUCGUCGCGCCUCUCUCUCUUAAACUUUCGUGCGGACUCUCUUCGUUUCAUAUUUCAUACCAAAACAAAUGGAUUGUCGUUGCCUCCACGUGACACGUUGUGCGAACGUAUCAGUGUUGUCUCGCGUGUCUACCCGAUAAAUCAAGUGUGUCCUUCGUCGUGGAUCGAACAUUGUGCGAACAAGUUGCUGCGUUACGCAAUCUCUCCGUUCAUUCGCAGCACGCGGGAAACUCUACAAACUUGCGGUGAAUCUUCCUCGCGUCGUGUUUAUUUUUUUGCUGUCACGCGGUCGUCCCGAGAACGCGCUCGGACUACGGUGGACCGACACGACACGUGGCCGAGCAGUGGGGGGAAAGUUUCGAAAAUUCUAAAGUGGACAUGCGUAUCAAAGAUCGGGCUGAGGCUGCACACCGAUGACGCACGAGUCGGUGACGAGGUGACGAGCACGACGACCACGACGACGAGCACCACGGAGCCAGCACACGAAUCGGAGGGAACGAAUCGAGGAAUCAUGGCCAAAAGCGCGGAGAGGUUGCCCGGUACCUCGACCAGGCUGAGAACCAGAGACGACGGCUGCUGCUCGGUCAAUUUCCUGAAAUACGUUCUCCACAUUUACAACGUGGUGUUGUUCUUGUCUGGACUGGUGGUGGGCGGGAUCGGUAUCUGGACGGUGAUUUCGAAGCACAGCUACGUGUCCCUGAUGACGACCUCCACGUAUCCGACGCUAGCCUACGCUUUGAUCGUCGCAGGUGUUCUGGCUGUGGUCGGUAGCUGGCUCGGAUGCGGCGGUGUAACUUCUGAAAAUAGAUGCGUACUUCUCAUAUACGUGUUCGUGGUGAUGCUGGUGUUCGUGCUGGAGGCGGGCGUCGGUGCCUUGGCGCGUCUCUACGAGGAACAAGUCGGCCCUGAAUUGAAGAUGAAUCUUAAUCGCACCUUCCUCGAGAACUACGCCGUGAGGCGCAGGGAAACCUCGGCGAUCGACCAGAUGCAGAUAGAGUUCAAAUGCUGCGGAGCCCUGAGAUUCGAGGACUGGGUGGUGAGCGAGUGGCACAAGGACGAGAAUGUGCUCGAGAACGGGAGCCUCGUACCGGAUAGCUGUUGCAAGACACCGACCCUGCUCUGCGGAAGGAGGGAUCAUCCGUCGAACAUCCAUUACACGGGUUGCAUCUACAAGUUUCUCGAGACGACGAAGGAUCACCUGAUCAUCCUCGGGGCUGUGGGCCUGGGUUUGUCGGUCCUCGAGCUGUUCGGCAUCGUGCUCGGCUCGUGCCUCUACAUCAAGCUGAGGCACGACUUCGACGACUGAGAAUUGGUUCAAACGCGCGAGAGCAACAAUAACGGCCGUUCCUGGUGCAGAUACAUGCAGAACGGCGAGGGAACCGUUUGAUCGUUGGGCUGGAAGGAGGUGGUGGGGAGCGGCCGUCGGAGUGGGAGGAGGAAGGAAUCCUUCUUCGCCGUUCGCCGUUUCCCGCUUUUUUCUUCUUCACGUUGAAUUUCCCUCCGACCACUCGUGGAAUUUCUAUUCGAUUCUGUCCCUCUGCCGGAGGAGGGCUACAAAGAAAAAGGGAGGGGAAGGGUGGAAAAAGAGGAAAAAUGGAGGAAAACACGUGACAUAUGAUAUUCCUUGGCCACAGGAAUCUUUAAAGUCAGACUUCUUCUCUCUCUUUGUCUCUUCUUUUUUCGCGAAAGACUCGAGACGAAAUGUCUCGAUGCAGAUUGCACGAAUUAUUCGACAAAACCAAAUAUCGUCGCGAAAUCUGUUGAUUUUUAUUUUUUGGUUGGAAGAGAAGACGAGAGUCCAUCGAUUUUUCCUCCUCUGUCUGGAUGAUUCUCGACCACUGCCCGGAAUCACUGUCCUCCUCUCCUUGUGCUCUUAUCACCCAUGACAAUUUUAUAGAGAAUAUUUAUAACGAAACUAACUUCCUUUUCCCUUUCGAACUUGUUUAUCCGUAUUUUCGUGAGGGAGGAUCGCGCUCUAAUCCAAAGUUUUUUCCACGCUUCCGUUUCUGUUCUCUCGUGGAGGGAGGGGGGAACAGAAGAGGCAUUUUCCCGUUUUUAUACACGGAACGACAUCGAUCACGAUGCCAGCGUUUAUACUCGCGGCUACUGAUAUCUCUUGUUACGAAUCGAACGUACACGAUUCCAUUAUCGGCAACGUUCUUCCGCUCGUACAAAUCGCGCUGUCUCGACGACGAAUACUGCCGUAACGAAUCCGCACAAAUGUUUCUAAAGGUAUAUAUACACAGAUUACACGAGAAGCGAGUUUAGCGUUCUUUAGCUAAUUUAAAAAAAAAAAAAAAAAAAAAAGUCACGACGACGUGUUCCAGUGGUCGCGAUCGAAACACGGCGUUGUUCUUUGGGGCCAAACGGGGUCCCCAUUUGUCGAUCAAACGGACCAUUUUAUCGUCCUGCUUUUUAAUCGAAUAUAAAAACAAA